UCAACAUUUCGUCACUCUCAGUCUCAGUUCAUGUAAAUAUUGACAAUCAACAGCCGCGACUAUUCUCACAAGUUCAUCUUCCAUUGUACAGUACUCUGCCCCUUUCUUCAGCAACAUCAACAGUACCGACAAGCAACCGUAAAUCACUCACCAUGGCUCCGUAUCAAUCACCGGCCGCCCGGUCACAAGCUGGUCCAUCAGGUUCCCGUGGCACUGCGCGUCCAAUAGGACGACCAACACUCGCGGGAAAAGGUCUUCUUGGAGGGGGUUCGAAGUUUGCUCCUGGACGAGGAAAGGGCGCGAAGGGUUUGGGUCUGGGAAAGGGAUCGAAGAGGUCUCGAAAGAUCGUUAAGGACACCAUUCAAGGUGUUACUAAAGGUGAUAUCAGACGUCUCGCUCGUCGUGGUGGUGUCAAGCGUAUCUCUGGUGGCAUUUACGAUGAAGUACGCCUUCAAUUGAGGAAGCGACUUGAGGACAUUCUGAAGGUUACUGUUGUGGUCGUUGAGUACCAGAACAGAAAGACCGUCACUGUUAUGGACGUAUGUUAUUUAAUAUCUGGCAAAAUUACACCGGUUUGGCACAUACUGAUGCAUGUACUUAGGUUGUGUUCGCGCUCAAGCGUCUAGGCCGCCCCAUUUAUGGCUUCGAUACUGACAGCUACGAUGCCAGUAGAAAAGUCAAGAAGGCGACCCGCUAACCGAUUCCAACGGGAUUUGGCUUUGAAUCUUGACGAACGAACCACGACAAAACCAUCAGCUACGAGAGCUUCUGCCUUUGACAACGUCGAUACGACAUGUCUCUCGGACACUGGGACACGAACCCUUCUUGCCUCUGCGUACGAAGGUUCUCUGCUUACCGACGCUCUUCAAGUGACCGUCAGCGUAUGUCGUGGUACAUAUGGUUGCUGAACACGGCAUUCUUGAAUUUGUUUGCUUUUGCACUCUUUGGCAUGCAAGAUGCCUGUACAUAUUUUUUGCCCGGAGUUUGGAGUGCUUUUACGUCUAGCUAUGGAGCAGAUGACUGGAAUGGGAGGUUUGCCUGUAAGCGUGGGAUAUCCACGGUCAUAUGAAGGAUGGGACGGGAAGGAUACCUUUCGGUCAGCUUUCAUGAAAUGGAAUGAUCAAGGAAACAUGCUUCUACUUGCCUCCAUUCUGCAUUUUCUCAAAUGUGAGUUUGGAACUUCGAA